AUGGAUCAUCAAACAUCAAAAGAAACUGAAAGCCACACCAGUGUGGAGGAAGAGCAAGCAAUGGCUGUUAGCAGUAGUGAUUCGAAGAAGAUCUGCUAUACUCGGUACAAUUCGCCUUUCUGGCAGAUUGUCAUCGUCAGCUUCGUUGCAUUCGGAUGUCCUGGCAUGUAUAAUGCUCUUUCUGGGAUCGGAGGAGGUGGUCAACUGGACACUACCACGUCAGCCAAGGGCCACAUCGCCCUCGCCUCUGUGAGCGCAGUAGGAAACAUCUUUGUUGCCCCUGUUGUGACCAAUAUCCUGGGCCCGAAGUGGACUGUCUUCAUUGGUGGUUUACCAUACGUGCUCUAUGCCGGAUCUCUGCUGGCCUAUUCCCAUACCGCGAGCCAGGGCUUUGUCAUCGGUGCCAGUGCUGUCUUGGGUAUUGGGGCCUCAUUGCUGUGGAUUGCACAAGGCUCUAUCAUGACCGGAUAUCCACUGCCGCAGCAACACGGGAGAAUGAUUGGAAUAUUUUGGAUCAUCUUCAAUUCGGGUGGGUUCCUUGGCUCCAUGAUAUCUUUUGGGCUAAACUUCAGCUCUAAAAGCGGCACGGUCUCCGAUUCAACAUACAUUGCCUUUAUGUGUAUCAUGGCCGCUGGCUGUCUUUGUGCACUUGGCUUGCUCAACCCUUACAAUGUCAUUCGAGAGGAUAAUUCGCGCGCCGCUGUUUCGAAAAAGCCCGGUGUUUGGGAGGAGUUUGUGGGGCUGCUGAAAGUCCUACGAGACUGGAGAGUGGCGUCCCUCAUCCCUUUCUGGAUGGCUGCCAACUAUGCCUACAACUACCAGCAAAAUACCUAUAACGCGAAGCUUUUCACCCUUCGCACACGCAGCUUCAACGGCGGAAUGUACUGGCUAGCUCAAAUGGUAUCCAGCUAUAUAUUCGGCCUUUUCCUCGACAACCCAUACAUGAACCGCCGUCAGCGUGGAUUAUGGGGCUUUGCUAUCAAUGCCCUCAUCUCGAUGGUCGUGUGGGGCGGCGGAUUGGCCGCCCAGCUCAAGCGCGGCCCUAACAGCGACUACUACGCCCUCAACGAGAUGGACUUGAUUACAUCCGGAGGUAAGUAUGCCGGUCCGUUUAUGUUGUACUUCUUCUACGGUAGCUUCGACGCUAUCUGGCAGACUCUGGUUUACUGGACGAUUGGCUAUCUGUCGCACGAGUCCCCGGAGCAGGCGGCGCGGUAUGUGGGGGCGUUCAAGUGCGCCGAGGCAGUGGGCAGCGCGAUUGCGUCGAAGGUCAAUUCUACAAAGACGAACUACAAUGUGGAGUUUGCGGUAGACUGGGCAUUCAUUGUGCUGGCUAUAGUCUGUGCGAUCCCCUUUGCGUGGUCAAUUGAGGAUGCGCCUGCGCACGCAGGGCAGGAGACAGUUUACGUUGAGGGUGAUAAAGGGGAGAACAGAACGAACAGCGAUUUAAAUGCCUAA